AUGGCGGCAGAACUAACUGAAAAAAUUGAUGCAAUGAUUACUAAGAGUUCAUAUCGUGAUAUUUGUAAGUACGUCUAUGCAGCAAGAUUAUAUAUAGAAUUAUCACAUGAAAGGUUACAAGUACAAGAUGUCAAACAGAGCCUAGUAAAGCAUUUUAAAAGUAAAGAGCAUGCUAUUGUAUUUGAAAAAAAAAAUUAUAUUAUUUACAAUGGAACUGAUAAUGAAGUUUAUCAGGAAAUUCUGCGGCUCUUUAAUUAUGUUGGCAAUGAUAUUUUUUUUUUAACCGAUCAAAAAACAGCAAUACAGGAUCCAUUUCGUCCAAUAAAUAAUACACAAAUUUCUACAACAAUAGGAUCACCAAGAAAUUACAAAUCAAAGUAUCGAAAGCCCA